CUCAAGAACCGCUUAUGGGUUUCCUCAAGGCACAACGUCACUUCUGGUAGUGGCGAAUGAAAUGGCGAGCGUUGGUGGAGGUGGCGGCGGCGCGGGCAAGAUGGCGGAUAGGGAGAAGAAGAAGAAGGAGAGUAUUUUGGACCUCUCCAAGUACAUCGACAAAACAAUCCGAGUGAAGUUCCAGGGAGGGCGGGAAGCAAGUGGUGUCUUGAAAGGAUUUGACCCUCUUCUGAACCUUGUGCUUGAUGGUACCAUUGAAUAUAUGCGAGAUCCAGAUGAUCAAUACAAAUUAACAGAAGACACGCGUCAGCUGGGACUUGUGGUCUGCAGAGGGACUUCUGUGGUUCUUAUUUGUCCACAGGAUGGAAUGGAAGCUAUUCCAAACCCAUUCAUUCAGCAGCAAGAUGGCUAGUGCUUUCUUUGGAUUGUGUCUGAAGACUUCAAGGGUGCAAAUCAUUGGAGAAAACUAUCAUUGUGUGAGAAGCUUCCUGUUUUGGGGGAGGAGUUUAAAUGUCUAUUUGUUACUGUGAAAGAACAGUCAACUUUUACUUUUGUGGCUUUCCAUAAAUGAUGAGAGAAUGGGGCAUGGUGUGUAAGAAGUAAGUUCUGAUUUCCCCUCCGCCUCAAAUAAAUGUGUAACUACAUUGUUUAGAGAUGACAGGAGAUACUGUAAUGGAAUUGUCUGGAUCCUCUUGAUCUUCUGAGUUUUGAAAGGACCACAUAAAAUUAGUAAAGAAUGCCCUGAAUAUUGGUUAUAUUAUUUACAUUUUUUUAAAUACAUGAAAAAUGUAUUUACUCUAAAGCCUAAAGAUAUUAGAAACAUGUUUUUCUUCCUCUUAGAUGUCGUAUUCAGCUGGGAAGCAUUGUGUUGUAGUCUUCCUGCUGUUGAGUUCAGUCUCUCUUUGCCUGCUUGCACCAGCGCAUGCAGAAAAACUACCUUCUUUGUAUUGUACCUUGUCAUCACCUGUACAAGCUGUGUAGCUAAGAUCGUUUCUAGCCCUCAUUCCAGAUCUUGUGGGCUGUGGUCUUUGUAUCAGAAGGCUCCCACACUUCUACAGAAGGACUGGACUGACUUCUAGGAUGAUUCUUGGCUGAGAGAUGUGAACCUUACAGAAAUACCUAUUCAACACUUGGAAUUUUAGGGGAAGAAUAUUUAAGCCCUAAUGUUCAGUUUUAGGCAGUGUCCGGAAAUACUGCGUAUUUUUAUAUUGUAGUUAUCCACUUGUGUUCUGCUUGUAAUAACUUUAUUUGUAAGUAAACAUCUUUAUUUCUUUUAUACUGCAGAAACAGCAAGAUUUGAGGAGUUUUGGGUGAAUAAAUACAAACUAAUGUGUUCCUAAA